GAGUAACGGGAGGAGCGGGCGGAGGAGGGAGAGCGAGGAGAACUUUGCAGCAAGAGCAACGAGAGCAAACAACAAAACACAACAGCUGACUGAGACGUCGUUGCAAGCACAAGACUGUCCCUUCCUGUAGCUCGUCUCACACAAUGUGGAGCCUUCUAGUCGAUGCAAGCGCUGGUCCACCCGCCCCGUUGAAGCAAACAAAUGAAGAGGCAAAGAAGUUCCCGACGGUGAACGAUAUGAUUGAAGGGAAGAAAAACCCCAUCAGAAUCCUUGACUGCGGUCCGAUGCUCGAGAACUGCAACCCCUCGAGCGAUGGCGGGGACUACUACUGAUCUCGAUGCCAACACACAGCUCAAGGGUGUCAUGUGAUUUCAAUUAGGAGAAACCUUCUCAUCACAGAUAAUCCGAGCAGACUCUUCGUCGAAACAAUGCUAAUUGUGCUCUGGCUGCCGUUGGAAGUUGGUGCCCUACCAAUCAUGCUCGGUCUCAUGCAGUGAUUCCAAGGCCUCGAUAGUUUCAUGGUGCCCCACCCCGCCGAAGGAGAGUUUGUUCACUGAAGGGCAUGUCAGCAGCUGGACCGCAAGUCGGUCACCAGCCAUUGCGCACCGUCGAGACGCUUCUUUGGCUUGCUCUCUGACGCAUCGGAUGCGGUGGACUUCCCAACGCCCUGAGGGAUGAAACGUGAGAAGAGCAGAUCGGUUCCUCCCACCAUGGCACCUGCAGCAGCUUGUCCCGCAGCUGUUGCUCGCGCCUCUCGUCGUUUAACGUCGGCGAACGUCGAGAAGGGGCUGAACGGCCGUCAGUGAGCAGGGUAACCGUAAGGGAGUAGGUGGUACAUGAACGGUUGGAAUUUCUC